AUGCGGCUGUACUCGCUCCUGGCCGACGAAAAUGUCAUGGAUUUAUCGACUUGGUCCAUCGCUCCUGAUCCUCAAUUUCCUCACCGACCUCGUCGCAGCAGCUUCUCGAACAGCUUCAACAGUGAAUUCACCAGCACCGAGAGCGUUUGUAGCAUCACUAGCAGUCAAGUCUACGAACCUGGUACCGAAGGCGAUCGCGGAUUCGAAGGAAAUGCUGUCAACCCAAGAGACUUCGGUCUGCGGUCGACCGGCCGAAGGGUCCACAUUCCAGAUAGUAACAAUGAUGUCGCCUCUCCCUCCGUCAAUCGGGUUCGGACUUCAUCCCGAACCAGUCGGUUUCGACAGACAACCGACAUCGUCGAAGCUCUCCGAGAACUCCGUGAACACCGCGUUGCGGAUCACGACGAGUUGCCAUCCGCUAGUCGUUUUGGCACUGGCAUCCAGCUACGACCGACAUCCGUGACACUUUUUCAACAACUCGUGACUCGGCUCUUGACUCGACGGGAUCUCUUGAUCUGGACUACCGGAUUAGUAGCGGCUGCCAUCCACGGAGCCCUCUGGUCGUGCUUGACGAUGCAAGUGCGAGCUGCAAGUGCCGCAUUUAAUCCAUUCGACCGUCGAGAUGCUACCUCCACGGCCUUGACCUUACUCCUUUUAUCUCUGGCACUCGGUACAACUGCUUGCGCUGCUCACUUGUGCCUGACGCACAUUGCCGAGCGGGUCUUGACCUGCUCGAGACAGCAGAUCCUAAGGCACUUGCUGGUUUACUUACCCCAGUCCUGGUUCGACGUGAACCAAUUGACCCUGUCAGCUCUCGAUUGCAGCAUCUUGGCACGAGACGACGCAGAGUUGAUUCGACAUGGUUUUGGACCGAACCUCGGGGCUCUGUUCCAGUUCUUUGCUCAGUUUAUCACUAGCUUCAUCGUAGCUUUCAGGACACAAAGGGACUUGGCACUUGCCAUCACUUGCGUCGCACCCGUUAUAAUGGUCGUUCAAAGUGUCCUUGCAACGUCAGGAGGCUCGAAACCUACGGCUGAGACGGAAGCUGAUGCGACCGCACAUGAAGCUCUGACGAACCUCCGAACGGUGUUUGCGCUCAAUGCUCAGCGUCGCGUUCGAGAGAAACACGCGCUUUGUCUUCGUACAACCGAACGCGAACUGAUUGCAACGCACGGGAAGCAAGCAGUACUUCAGAGUUUCGUAACUGGAAGUUUCUGGCUCAUGAGUGCCAUUGGUCUCUGGUAUGGAGGCACCAAAGUGUACGAGGUAGAAGCAGCACCUGGGGAAGUGUUCGCGACGCUGCUUGGUGUGGUCAUUGGCAGCCACGCGCUUGGAAACUUAAUCUCGAGCUUUCGAGCGGUUUCUCGCGCGAGAAACGCUGCAUCCAAGCUCUUCGUGUUGCUCGAGACCUUUUCUGGUGGAAUAGACCGCUGCCGACACGACGAGUUGGUGCAGACCCCUUUGAUCCGACCAACGUCGUGCUCAGGGGCUCUUAUGGCAGUCGACUUGCACUUUGCGUACCCGUCUCGACCCCAGCGAUUAGUCUUGCGAGGCUGCAACGUGUCGCUUUUGAGUGGCGAAUGCGUCGCAGUGGUUGGAGGCAGUGGGUCGGGCAAGUCGACGCUCGUGACGCUCUUGAUGCGUCUGUACGAACCUUCGCAAGGACUCAUUUUGCUGGAUGGAUGCAAGGCACAAACGAUCGACCCGAUGUGGAUGCGCGCGCAACUUGGGGUCGUACCACAGCAGGUGACCUUGUUCCGAGCCUCGAUCUUCGACAACAUCACCGUGGGAUAUGUCGUGCUUCGGGAACUGCACGGAGCAAGCACUGAGAAGAUCAUGGAGCAGGUGGUUCAUGCUGCGAAGCGGGCAGACGUCCAUGACUUUAUCAUGUCACUUCCUAAAGGUUAUGACACGCGACUCGAGGAGAACGAGGCACUGAAGCUGACGAUACUGCAGCGACAGCGGAUUGCACUGGCCAGAGCACUCGUCCGUGAUCCAAAGGUGCUGAUUCUGGAUGAAGUAGCCAUCAGUCCGCAUGAACUCAUUUCGAGGUUUGGCGAUACUAUCAGGGCUGGCAGUACGACCAUGCUCUUGUGUACGAGUCAAGUAAACUCUGCAGCGGUGCAAUACGCAGAUAAACUCGUCGUGCUGGAGGCUGGCAAGAUUGUCGAGCAAGGCACACAUGUUGAGCUCCUGCAGCGUCGAAACAGCUUCUACCGUCAACUUCACCUUAGUCAGUUCAGCACGAAUCGACAGCAGCAGCAGAGACCUGCUGGAGAGCCAACUCCACCGCAGACAUGCCAUCAACAAGUCGUGAAGCCAACACCUGCAUCGUCCACAGCACUUACGAAAAGAGGUAUCAAAGCGCUUGCUCGUCCCGAACGCAACUUCCUGUCGUAUGGGCUUUUCGCUUCGGUCCUCUUAGGACUAUGUGGUCCUCUUCUUGGUCUCGCGAUCAGUGAACUACUCGCCGACAUGACGCAGCAGUACGGGGCAUUUCUCGAGUCGCAAGACGCAACGACGUUUGAUGAGGUACUCCGACCUCAGGUUACAAGGUGCAGUAUCUUCCUUAGUGUAGGGGCUAUCAUCGUCAUGAUCGUCCAGAGCAUGCAGCUCUUCUUCCUGGAUGCAGCAGCCGAGCGAUUAGCUUCACAUCUUCGAGACUUGCACUUCAGCUCGCUGCUGGCACAGCCUUUGCCGUUCUUCGAUGCACCGGAGCACAACCCGACAUCGUUGACGGAAGAGUUGGCAACACAAGCACCAGCUGCGUCGCUGGCCAUCGGCCGCGCUCAAGGUCACAAGCUCCAGAUCGAGUGCACCUUUGCGGCAACGCUUGUCGCAGCUUUUUAUCGAGGAAGCUGGAUGCUCUCGCUGGUGUUGAUCGCGGCAGCCCCGCUGCUACUCAUUGGCGAGGCAGUUCAACACCAGCGCAGGCUGCAAACCCCGCUAGGAGAUGGAUCCGAGUCAGAAGAAGCUGCGAAUGUUCACGUCCGCGAAGCUCUGAUUCAUCGUCGAGCCAUUGUGAUGCUGGGUCUAGGCAACUCGUGGUGCUCGAGCUUUGACGAGCUAUUGCAGCGUCCGUUGCGUCAUGCUCGACACGAAGCACGGCUCGAAGCUCUAAGUCGUAGCUUCAGUGCAUCUGUGCUGGUUGCAGUCUGUGCUGUAGUUUGCUGGCUGAGCAGCAUCCUUGUGCGCGACGGAGACGCCACAAUCCGGGAGCUCGUCCAUUCGAUGGUAAUCAUCCUAGUCGCUGUGCAGUCCUCAGGACUUGCUGCAGCGUGGUUGAAUCAGCUCGACGGUGCGUCAGAAGCUGGUGCCUCGAUUCUUGCUCUGCGAGAUGCAGCAAUUGCCUUGAACGUGUCCGAUCGACCGACGUCACGUUCUUCAGGUAAAUCUUCGGACAGCGAGCAGCAAGAUCCCAUGCCGCAAAGUCCCUUGUUCCGAGGAGGCAUCACGCUGGAAGACGUCCACUUUGCAUAUCCAGCACGACCAACCGUGUCAAUUCUGAAUGGAUUCACCCUGCACGUUGAAGCUGGCCAAACAGUGGCGCUAUGUGGACCUCGAGGUGCUGGGAUGUCGACCGUGUUCGCGCUACUGGAGAAGUUCUACACAUUGUCCCCAGCUUCCGGCAACAGCGGUCGCGUGAUGCUGGAUGAAGUGGAUAUACGGUCACUGGAUGUCGCGUGGUUGCGAGCUCAGAUCGGCUUUGUCAGCUCGGAGCCUACACUUUUCCUAGGCACCGUCGCGGAGAACAUUGCCUACGGAAUGGCUGCUCCACCUACGCUGGAGAUGAUUGUCGCUGCUGCUGAAGUGGCCCAUGCCCACGCUUUCAUUUCGUAUUUACCUGAAGCGUACGCGACGCGUGUGGGUGGACAGGUGCAACUCACUCCAAGUCAACGACAACGGAUUGCACUCGCACGAGCGGUUCUUCAGGAUGCACGACUGUUAUUACUCGAUGAACCGACGCGAGGUCUCGGAGCUGAGAGCGAGAAAAUUGCCGUCCAACAGGCACUUGAUACGAUCGUGGCGCAGCGAGUGCGUCGAACGACGAUCAUUGCGGCUCAUCCCUGCGAGUCUGCGACAGUGCGCAAUGCGGACUCGAUCUACGUCAUUCAAAAUGGUCAAGUUGUCGACCAAGGCACGCACUCGGAGCUCUUUCAGAGGCGGGAUGGCCUAUACUCGAGACUCUUGCGAGAGAGUGCGUGGUCGAUUGCGUCUUCGAGCUCGUACACGGUCAACUCCAACCCGACGUAG